UGUGUGUUGGUGGGGAAAAAGUUGAGCAACAGUCAUGUUCUAUGGUACAGUGGUGUGGGAUCCGUGGCUAAUUGUUGCUCAAAUUGGGUGUAUUCAAUGCUUAUACUAUUUGACGUUAGGGAUAUUCUUGGAAAUUCUUGUAGGGUCUCGUGUUUCUCGAAUGAGUCUUGUCUAUUUCUUUGAUUACGCCACUGUUACUGCUUCAACUGUCACUGGAUGGUGCGUCAUUGCUUCCUUUCUUCUCAGUUCACUUGCCGGAGCUGGCAUUUUACUCUAUUUGAUUGAGAGGGCAAAGAAGUGCCUAGAUUUUUCUGCAACACUCUACAUCAUCCAUCUUUUUAUAUGCAUUGUCUAUGGUGGUUGGCCUUCCUCAUUAACAUGGUGGAUUGUGAAUGUUACUGGGCUUGCUGUGAUGGCAUUGUUAGGUGAAUAUUUGUGUAUAAAACGUGAAUUACGAGAAAUUCCCAUUACAAGAUACCGAUCAAGUGUUUGACUAAGUAGAUGUUCAACAGCAAACAACAUUUUUCUUUUAGUCAUGCAGCCGGUGGCUUCUUUAACUCAUUUACUAUUUGAGAAGAUUUGAAGCGUCUCUAUGCAAUUUAUCUCAUGCUUGUGGCAAUGACAUACUGGGGACUGCUAGGAAAUUGCCAAAUUCAC